AUGGGUUACUCUGCCGUCGCUCAAUCGCUGCAGAGAAAGCACCCUCUACAACGGAUGUCCAGUCCGUCUAGAGGUUUCUCUGCGCUGGUCCAUCUUCUGGGUUUCGCGAGUUUCUUAUGGUCUUUCAAAUAUAUGCACGAGAAUCCCAAUCAUGCGAAUGAAGCUUAUGGCUGGCAUUUCCAGUACCUUACGGUCUUGGGCCUCUCACUCUCCUUGAUCACGAUUACUUGCGGCCUGAUCGCUGAUCUGACACUAUCUCCCCGCAUUUUUCUCGUCAAAAAUCUCCUGUCCAUGUGCUGUACGCCGUUGGAAGUGCUCAUCAGCAUUUUAUACUGGGGUCUCCGCUUGAUUGACGAGCAUUUGGUUAUCCCUGACUGGGCAGUCAUCCCAUUGAACGCUGGUGACUGCCUCCUCCUUAACAUUCCUGCAAUGACAGACAUAAGCUUCCAUGCUGUUCCUUCUAUUAUUCUCAUGAUCGAUCUAUUGUUUCUUUCACCACCUUGGACGAUUACUAUCCUUCCCGCACUUGGGCUAUCCAGUACCAUUGCGGUGGGGUAUUGGUUUUGGAUAGAACGGUGCUUCCAAUACAAUGGGUGGUAUCCUUACCCAAUCUUCGAGGUAGCCGGCUUCGAAGGUCGCGUUGGAAUUUUCGCGCUCAGCGCGGUGGUAAUGGCGCUGAGCACCGGCACCUUCAAGUGGGUGUACGGCCAUGUCAAUGGUUCCGGAACGAGCAAGGCCCAGUCCCGGCCGGGGGCCAUCAAGCAAAACGGCCACUUCUAGAGUGCAUCUAGGUGGUAUAAAGACCGACUAGGAUUGUACUGGAUACAUAUAUCUGGGAAAGUGCUCGAGAUCACGUACUGAAUACGGCCUUAUUUGGGUCAUAUACUCCAGAUGAGCUGUAGUUCAACAUCCUAGGCAUGGUACCAUAGACGUCAUUAUAGAUUUAGGAGACUCGACUGAUUCUAUAGUUUGAACAACAUUUGUACGAGUACCGUACGAAUAUACCAGAUAGUGCAUCACAUUUUUGGGCAUAGCUAGAUUGAAACAGUCACUGGAUGUAUAGCAGGACCUAGAAACACUCUUUCCAGC